AUAAAUUCUGGCUUACUACGCUGCCUACUCGUACCUAGCUUGUAUAGUACGUUUGAGGUUGUAACCACAUCCCAAUCCUUUCCAUUCCAUCAUACGAUCAUUUCUUCCACGUCUCCGUGAAAAUAUCAUCGCCAUGUUCCCAACCACAAGGCUUCUCCAGCAUGCGUGCAAAAUCACGCUUUUUACUCGCCAGAAUUGCUCCUUGUGUGUGAACGCGAAGCAAACACUUUCGGCUGUUUGGGAUAAGCGCCAUUUCAAAUACACCGAGAUUGAUGUCAUGGCACCGGAAGGAAAGAAAUGGAAGGAUCUGUAUGAAUUUGAUACACCAGUCGUUCGUCCUUUUGGCCACCCUUCUGCGAAACCUCUGAUUAACUUGCUUAUUUAGAUUCAUGUCAGUAACUCAAAGCUGGAGGAGGAACCGUCACUUUCUUCUCAAGCUCUGAAGCUCAUGCACAGAUUCACCGCCGAGCAAGUGGUCGAAAAAAUGGAAGCUGCAGACCAAAUUGGCAAACAUGAAUCCCCACCAGAAUUAUAGCUUCCAGUUAUUGAGGCUGGGAUGGUAUAGAGCGAUUGGCUACACAACGAAAAUUCGAUUUUGUGUCGGCUUCAAUGACCAAUUGAACGAAUUGGACGCUACCAAUCAGUAUGAUGGUUUCGAAAAAAUCACUCGGCAAUCGCUUCAACUCAAAGAUAUGUAUUCUAAGGUUUCUACGUGUAUCAAUCUUCCAAGACUGGUCCUGGGAUCAUCAACUUCCAUAGCCUUGCAUUUUUGGCGCUGGUCCCGUGCCCUUUGCAGUAGCCAACGAAGCCAUUACACCCCCAGCCAGAACAUAUAUAUCAGUGGCAGUACUCAUCAUCUGAAAUCCCUUUUCUGCAAAAAUCCUUCCCUGUUCGCCACUCGUACAGAAGAUUCCAGCUUUCUUUCCAGCCGAAGUCGCAGCCCUCAGGACUUUAUCUAUCGCGGUUAUCAGGUUUUGAUGCAUCGUGCCAUCUAGGAUUGGAUGGCCAAUAUUGUUUCCCAGGUCAAAAGGUCCGACGAAGAGGACGUCUAUUCCUGGAACUGCCGCAAUCGCGUCCACAUCAUCUAGAGCCUCCUUGGUUUCAAUCUAUGAGGACAUGAAUCAGCAGUGUUUUUCAAGACAUUUGUACUAGAGUCGAACCUGGACGAUAGUCAAAAUCGAAUCAUUUGCCUGUUGGAGGUAGUCCGUUGCGCCAAGCAGGGGAUCAAAACGUUCUGCAGGAAAAGGUGAACCAAAUCCUCGGGUUCCCUGAGGAGGAAACUUCGCGCUUCGAACAAGUUUUUGCGCGUCCUCGACCGUGUAUAAUAACGGAACCAGUAUACCAUGAGCACCACUGUCCAAGGCCCCUUUGAAUUUAUUAGUGAUGCUCCUGGAUGGUUUGUACACGCGGACUUACGCUUAACCAUGUAUCCUUGGCUGACGUGAAUUGUUAGAAGCUAUCAUAAGGGCAUGAAUGGAUUGAUGGCUCUGACUUAUCAGGUAUCCUCACGAUUGGCGAAACUCCGCAUGCUGCGAUUGCUGGAACCUAUUGAACAAUUCCUCAAGUCAGUCUUGGUCAGAAUUGAGGCGAUGUAAAGAGGCCUACUGCUUCAUGCAUCGCGGCAUCUGGCCACGAGUUAGCAAUCUUGUUCUGGCCGUUUUUUGAAUAGGACUUCACGAAGUCCUCGCACCGGGCUAGUGUUCAGGUGUCUUGAAGAGGCAUAUACUUCGCGCCCAAUGGUUCAUUUUACUGGGUUACACGUCCUUCAAUAGUGUCAUCAAGUCAUGUAUCGGCCUACCAGACCUUUCGAUACCUUGUUGUCCGUACAUUUAAAUGAGCAAGGCUCACCAGCCAAGAGAAAAGGGUACAACGAAGAGGAGUUUCAUAUCGUACCAUCCAUGUUUCCAUCUGUAUGGGUCAGCUUUCAUUCCCACGACAAAAUCAAGCAAGAUGACUUGUUGAACUUUCACGUAUGGUCAAAACUUGAACUGGAAGGCGUAUCCUAUCAUAAGAGUUUAUAAUAGGGAACUUACGUUCACAAUCAACAACAACAAAAUCCACACCAGUUCGAGCAAGCGUUCUUGAAACAUUGGAACCUGGAGCCAUUUGCCAACAUCCAAAAGCAGCCUUGCCUCCUUCCAUCACCACCUUCAGGCGAUUCGAUGUCUUCAUGGAGGCCAUAGUGAAAUUUGUUUGGCAAGUUCUAUAGGAGAUUGCAAUAUUUUCUGGUGUCGUUCCUCCCUGAUAUCGAUAUCGUUCUAUGUUUAUAUUCAGGACAUAGCUGAGAUAACCCCUCUAUUGAACGUCAUGGACCCUCCCCGUUAGUGGGAUACAUUUCCAAAGUGUGGGGGUUCCGUCAAGGUCAGGUGACAAGCUUCCCUUUAAGGUUACAUUUCUCAGCGUCCUUCGAACCUUUGUAUGGCUUAUAUUCAAGCUUGUUGGCGGUUUGAGAAAUUCUCGGCUUAUGACGGCCAUCUCGGUAUCGUGCUCAGGACAACCUUAUAAUGUUUCAGAAGAACGAACGACCAGUUUACUCCCGGAGAGGUCAAAUACACGACUGGCUGUCAGAUUAACCUGAAUAGGUAUGAAUUUAAUGAGGGUUUAGAAUAGCUUUCUGAUUUGUCUUCGAGGAUUGCAGUUGUAUUUUUGCAAAACUACUGUAACAUGUUGCAAACUUCAGAAGCUUCCGGCAGAUGGCAUACAACGUCUCUACUGGUAACUGCCCUCGAUCUUCUUAAUCGCAGAUGCUCUUUCCCAGGCCUUUUAGUCGUGCGCUUCUCCACGAUUUACUUCUCACUUCAAAUCAAGUCAAGGUGCCGACAGAUUAAAAAAGC